AAAUAGAAAAAGGUGAAAAGACAGUCGACACUUGGCGCAUCCAGAAGCCCUAAAUAAUCGAGGAAGAAGGAAACCAAAGACAUACUUGGAAACGCAGACAGAGAAAGAACGAAGCCAGCAAAAACAAAGAGACUUGACCAAUAAUACAAACACAAAAUCGAAGUAUAUGAUAUAUUGAAAAUGGGGACUAAUUUCAAUUUCAAGAGCUUCACAAAUGACCCGUCAGAUGCCGGUGGUGGCCGGCCACCGGGGAAUUUUCCGUUGGCUAGUCAGUCAUCGAUCUAUUCUUUAACGCUUGAAGAACUUCAAAACACCAUGGGAGGAUCAUUAGGGAAGGAUUUUGGGUCAAUGAACAUGGAUGAGCUAUUAAAGAGUAUAUGGAGUGCAGAGGAGACGCAGACCGUGGCAACAGCAACCUCUGCUGGGGUACAAGAUGGUGUUGGUCUCCAGCGACAGGGCUCGCUGACGCUGCCGCGGACACUGAGCCUGAAGACGGUGGAUGAGGUCUGGAAAGACAUGUCAAAGGAAUAUGCUAUUAAUGGGACUAGUGCUGGAGUUGCUAAUAAUGUGCCCCAGAGGCAGCCUACCUUAGGAGAGAUAACUUUGGAGGAGUUCUUGGUGAGAGCUGGGGUGGUGAGGGAGGAUAUUCCAGUGGCUGCAAAGAUUAAUACUAAUGGUGGAUUUUUUGGUGAUUUAUCGCGGUUAGCCAAUAAUAGUUCAGCAAUUGGGUUUCAGCAGAAUAGGGGUGUGGGAUUGAAUAACAAUAAUACCAAUCAAAUCUCGUUGCAAUCUUCGAAUUUGCCUUUGAAUGGUAACGGGUUUAGAUCAAAUCAGGCACAGGUGCAACAGCAGCAGCAGCAACAACAAAUAUUUCCUAAGCAGCCUAAUAUGGGAUAUGUGACACAGAUGCCUCCACAAAGUAGUCCUGGAAUUAGAGGUGGAAUUCUGGGGAUUGGAGAUCAAGGGAUCAAUAGCAAUUUGAUGCAGGGUGGAGGGAUGGGAGUGGUUGGAUUAGGUGUCGCUACAGGGUCACCUGCGAACCAGCUGUCAUCGGAUGGAAUUGGGAAGAGUAAUGGGGAUACAUCUUCAGUAUCUCCAGUGCCUUAUGUAUUUAGUGGAAGUGGAAGGGGAAGGAGAGCAGGUGGCGCAGUUGAGAAGGUGGUUGAGAGGAGGCAGAGGAGAAUGAUUAAGAACAGAGAGUCAGCUGCAAGGUCUCGUGCUCGCAAGCAGGCUUAUACGAUGGAAUUGGAAGCAGAAGUGGCAAAGUUAAAAGCGGAAAACGAAGAAUUGCAGAAGAAACAGGCUGAAAUGAUGGAAAUGCAGAAAAAUCAGGUUAUGGAGAUGAUGACUUUGCAGCAGGGGGGUAAGAGGCGGUGCUUGAGACGAACUCAGACAGGUCCAUGGUGAAUUGAAAGGGUCGUCUGUGAUUAUACAGUUGAAAAUUAUGUAUGGUAGGUGACUGUACAUAUUUAAUGGAAAUGUGUUUUCUUCUGUAAAUGGAGAAGACAUGAGUUUUACAGUGAGAAGAUCCAGAGUUUUACUGUGACUUAGAUUAAACCCUCCAAUAUCUACAAUCUGUGUUUGCAUAUCCUCUGAACUUCUUUGAAUAGGUAAUUAGAUUGGCAAGGAAAGGAAGCAAAUUCAUUGUGUUAGGAACCAUUUCAUCCAUGUUUUCCUCAGAGUUGUAUUUCUUCUUCUUUUUUUCAUUUCAUAGUGAUCGAUUUUUUUCA